ACAGACAACAUGAGGGAGACAGACAACAUGAGGGAGACAGACAACAUGAGGGAGACAGACAACAUGAGGGAGACAGAGAACUGAAUAGACGACAGUCAAGUCUGCUUAGGUCUCAAAAGGAGGUAAAUCCAUUUGAAUUCAGUCACUUUCUGACAGCAUCCCUUUUGAUUUAAACACAACUUUCCAUAAAUGUUUGUCGAUGGAAGAAGUGGUCAGAAAGGGACAUUUUGGACCUUAAUGCCAAAACAUUCAGGAGAUAAAGGUGCUCCAAGUUGACCCACUGCAUACCCCACCAAACCAUGAGUUAUCCAUGUCUUCAUCACUUUAAAAGAGAAACGGUUGAAUUUGAUCUCAUUUAACUUGUUACUGUAUUGGGCUAAAUCAGGGUCCCACAGAGUGUUUCUUGAUAGUCUUUAAAACCCUCCCGCUGUCCUCUGGUCAAAAUGACCCACCACUGUGAUGAACCAAGUUUGAUUUUAUUUGUAUAUUUUGUGGAUCAUUUGUAAGAAGGAGGCAGUCAGACAUUCUUUAACAUCAGUGAAAACAAUCCCCUCCAUGAUGUUUUUCAACUUGAAAAUUCAAUGACCUGUCCUAGACUGACCCCAGUAGAACAAAGUGAACUGUUUCCUUCAUUCAUGUACCCAUGUAAGCUGUAGGAAACAAAAGAUACUACUAUUGCCACGGCUACACGUCCAUACAUGUCCGUACAUGUCCAGACAUGUGGAGCAGUGAAAACAAUCCCCUCCAUGAUAUUAUUCAACUUGAAAUGUGAUGACCUGUACUAGACUGACCCAUGUAGUACAAAUGUGAACAACACGUCCCUACAUGUCCAGGCAUGUGGAGCAGUGAAAACAAUCCCCUCUAUGAUAUUAUUCAACUUGGAAUGUGAUGUUAAAAUAUGAAACUAUUUGUGAAUAGAUGAAAUGUAAUUUCAGCUUCUUAAAUGAGAGAACAGUUUGUCAUGGAGAAACUCUGCUCACUCAGAGGCCCCGCCCAAGUGAACAGACAUUGGUUAUAAACUAUGAAACACGCCCUUCUCUCUCCUACUAUAUAAGCCCUGAUAUGAAAAUGUAACCUCCUGUUCCAAGGAGAAGAGGACGGUGGUCUCCACUUUAAAAGGACAAGAUCAACAACAGAACUAAGCCAACCUCAGCGUGAGCUCUGGUUGAACGACAAGAACCUACUGAAAUUAGCAUUGAAUUUCAACGUGAAGAUGAUGAUCAACACACCGAAAGGAUGAAUUUCGACUAUACCUUCCAGAAUAUAGCAUGAGCUUAAAGAAUGGCAACUUGGUGUGAACUUUGAACUCUUAUUCACUAAAGAAGUGAUACCUCCUAGCUGUUGCGUUAGCAACCACAGCUGUAAACGUGGGCUGGGAAAGGACGGACAAAGGACCCGUUCUACCACACGACGACGGUUCUACCAAGUAUACGUUCUACCACCAGACAUUCUUCAAAGGACAACCCAGCCUUCCACCUACGACCAACCGAUCGAAGCGCAGCUCAGAGGAAAGAAAAUGCAGCGACAAAACCAAAGAGGAAUAACGGAGACCUUUUUCCGCGGGGAGCAUCAGAGUAUAGAAACCUUGAAAAUGGAGACCCCACUAAGUUGUAGACGUCUUAUUUCAAAAGACAUUCCACUGUACCCCAAAGCUGACAGAGCGGAAUUUCACGUGGACACAGUCUGUCAUGUAACCACUCCAACAGGCCUGACAGGAAUCAUGGAUCUGAGUGGAUUUACAGCAGGGCAAACAGGGGGUUUCACAUGGUGGGCUCUUCACAUUACAGAAGGUGAAAUUGAGGCAGCAGAGAAUCGCUUCCUUGAAAAGGAACAGCUUUCCUUUGACCCAACAACGGGUGAAGAACAAAGACACAAUCCAUUCCUGAAGGAAUUCACCACCUCCCCUGUCUUCCAAAAGGGAUCUCGGUACGGGAACUUUAAGUUUACCUUCCCCUUGGAGGAUCUCAUGCAGAUGUACACAGAGCAGAUCUGUGAGGGAGAGAAGCCUGUCCUGAGAGUCUUUGAAACCGUGGUUUACAAGCAGGAGAUCAUGUACGUUGUGGUUGUCCACGGUCCAGAUGUGACAGAGUUUGAUGAGUACCCACUUCUUGCUGAUGAGAAUGAUAAGGCAAUAUGCAUUUAUAAAGAUGGUCAAAUUGUCUGGCGUGCAGAAGCAAUAUGUGAAACCCAUACAAAGAAGCUGAUCAUCAGCAGAGAGAGUGGAACAGUUGAAACAGAAGAACUUGGACGUGGUUUUGAGUAUUUCAUGUGGGACCAUGUGACCCUGGCAUUCCAUCUGCCAGCUGACCGCACCCUCCAAGUUGAAGAGGGAGUAUUAAAGGAGAGACUCCAUGCAUGUGAGGGUAUCAGACCUUUUCUCCAGGGUGAGUUUUUAACACUAGAGGAAGCAGAAGAAGUAGUCAAUGCCAUAAAGAACUCUAUAUAGGGACAGUGCUAGUGACAGUGCUAUAUGGGGACAGUGCUAUAUAGGGACAGUGCUAUAUGGGGACAGUGCUAUAUGGGGACAGUGCUAUAUGGGGACAGUGCUAUAUA